AUGCGGUUCGACGAUAUUGUUAAUAUAUUAGGAGGAUUCGGGUGCUAUCAGAAGAGGGUAUACGUUACACUAUGCCUGCCACUGAUAACUUGUGCCAUGAUAUCUCAUCUCUCCAAUUUUAUUCUUGGUAUACCAAAACAUAGAUGUAAGCUCCCAGCAGAAUUCAAUGAUACAUCUUACUAUCCAGAAGACGAGUCUGUACAUUACAUGAUCAACAUUUCGAUUCCCACUGAAAAUGAAGAGUAUUCUAAAUGUUAUUGGUAUGGAUUAAAUUUGUCCAAUCCCACCACAUCUCAAAUACAGAAUGCAUCAAAGAGAACUAAAUGUAAUCAGUGGAUCUAUGACACAUCAGUUUUCACCAACACAAUUGUGUCAGAGUUUAAUCUUGUAUGUGACAAAGCCAUUUAUCGCUCCCAUGCUAAUAUGGUUUUACUAGUUGGAUUUAUGGUAUCUUCUCUAGUUAUUGGUACACUAUCUGAUAUAGUAGGGCGAAGAGUCGGUGUGUACAUUUCAUUUGCAUGUAUUAUAGGCAGUCAGUUUGGAACAGCAUUUACUCCAAAUUUUACAAUACUACUAGUUUGCCGUUUCCUAAAUGGAUUCGGAGACAUAGGGCUUUUUAUGACGUCAUUUGUUUUAGCAUUAGAACUUGUUGGUGUAUCUAAAAGAACCUUAGCAGGAAUGGUAGUCGAGUUGUUCUUCUGUGUUGGACUGUUUUUGACAGCCAUUUUAGCUUAUUUUAUUAGAUCAUGGCAAACACUUCAAUUAGCAGUUAACAAUUUCAGAAGUAUGGUUUUCUGUUUUUUCAGUUUUGUUCCAGAAUCUGCUCGAUGGUUGAUUUCAAAAGGGAAAACAGAGAAAGCUAAAUUGAUAUUGCGUAAAGUUGCAAAAGAAAAUCAUACCAAAUUACCUGAUGAAAUAUUUGAGAAAGAAAAUUUAUGUUUAGUAGAAGCACCCAAAUCUCAAGCAUCGAAACUAUUUGCAUCUCCAGUAAUGGUUUUGAGGUCAUGCAUCAUUUUCUUUAAUUGGUUAGUCUUAUCCAUGGUAUACUUCGGAUUAAGUUUUAAUGUCGGUAAUAUAACUGGAAAUAUACAUGUAAACUUCUCAAUUGGGACUGGUGUAGAGGUGCUAGCUUAUGUACUUUGUAUAUUCUUGUUGGAUCGAUUGGGAAGGAAAUUAGUUCACUGUUUUAGUAUGCUGAUUGGAGGAAUUGCGUGCAUAAGCACAUUAGGUAGUAUUCCUUCAAUUUCAGCCCUUGAUUGGAUAACGAUAACUUUUUCUAUGAUGGGACGAUUUGGUGUAUCAGCUGCAUUUGCAGUUUUAUACAUAUUUUCAUGUGAGCUCUUCCCAACUGAAGCCCGUAAUUUUGGUCUUGGUGCCAGCUCAUUUCUUGGCCGGAUUGGUGGAAUUGUUUCUCCUUAUAUUGCUGACAUGGUUUAUGGUAAAAUUGGAAAAGCGCUACCGUUAAUUAUAUUCGGUAGUGCAGCAAUAGCCGCUGGAUUACUUGCCUUAUUACUACCAGAAACCAAGAACAGAAAAUUACCAGAGACAAUUGAAGAUGCAAAGAAUUUGGUAAGAAUAACAAUAAUAUGUGACUAG